AUGGCGCUGAGAGCUGCAGUUCUUCGUCACCUUAGGGUUCCGGUGCAAAAGCUAACAGUGUCAGGAUCGAAUCAGUCUCAAAUUGGGUUCCUUGCUUCGAUCCGUUCUUUUUCUUCGCACGAUGAUCAUCUCAGCAAGCAGGAUGUCGUCGAUAGAGUCCUUGAUGUCGUCAAGAGCUUCCCCAAAGUCGAUCCCGCUAAGUGUCAUACAAAUCAUCUAUCUUUUUCUAGAUUUCUUCGAUUGGUUGAUCAGUUUGUUGUGACGACGAAUCCACAGGUGACUCCUGAUGUUCAUUUCCAAAAGGAUCUGGGAUUAGAUAGUUUGGACACAGUGGAGAUAGUGAUGGCUAUUGAAGAGGAAUUCAAGCUGGAAAUCCCAGACAAAGAAGCUGACAAGAUCGAUUCUUGCUCUCUCGCCAUUGAAUACGUUUUCAAUCAUCCAAUGUCUAGCUAA